AUGGAUUACCUGUUCCUCGUGUUGUAUCUUGUAUUACCAUCAUUGAUUGCAAUUCACCUCCUUUCAGCUACAAAUAAACGCAGUGAAUCAAACAAAAAAAAUUUACCACCUGGUCCUUGGCCUAUACCCAUCUUUGGCAACUUAGUACGCCAUGGCGACAAGCCCCAUGUUGGGUUGACUCAACUCGCCGAGAAACACGGACCUCUGAUGACUCUCCAACUCGGCCAAGUUCAAACAGUCGUCAUUUCUUCAGCUUCCAUGGCCAAAGAAGCCCUUAAAACUCAUGAUAUUUCCUUUUGCAACAGGCGAACAGUAGACGUUUUUCAUGCCGAAAGGUACAAUGAAAACUCAGCAGUUUGGUUGCCAGUAGGACCUCAAUGGCGAAACAUCCGUAAAUUCUGCACAGUCCACAUUCUGUCAACUGCUAGACUUGUUUCGAGCGAAAGACUUAGAAGAAACAAGGUGAAUGAUCUUAUUGCUUAUGUCCAAAAAUGUAAUGAAUCAGGUUUGUCAGUGGACAUUGGCCAAGCAGUGUUUACCACCUCAUUGAAUCUGUUAUCCUGCACUUUCUUUUCUGAGGAUCUGGGUGACCCGAAUUCGGAACUUGCUCGAGAGUUUAAAACGACGAUACGAGCGCUAAUGGAAGAAGCAGGCAAACUCAACUUUGCAAAUUAUUUCCCAAUCCUCAGAAAGAUAGAUCUCCAAGGUGGGAGGCGGCGUGCGAGUGUCCAUAUGAAGAAAAUCAUUAAUAUAUUCAACAACUUAAUUGAUCAACGGCUAAAAGGGAAGAGGGUAUCAAAUUCAUUACAAGACAUUGACAUUCUAGAUGUAUUGCUAGGCUUCGACAAUGAUGGAGCUCAUAAAAUUGAAACAUCGAAAAUUCCUUUUCUUCUUUUGGACGUAUUCAUCGGAGGGACCGACACAUCGUCAAGCACCGUUGAAUGGGCAAUGGCAGAACUGCUCCAGAAGCCAGAAAAACUUAAGAAAGCACAAGCGGAGCUUCGAGAAAACAUCGGAAAAGGAAACGCACUAGAUGAAUCCCACAUUUUCCGACUCCCAUACUUGAGAGCGGUUGUGAAAGAGACUUUAAGACUACAUCCACCAGUGCCAAUAUUAGCACCAAGAAAAGUUGAUGCAGAUGUGAUGAUCUUCGGCUUCACGGUGCCCAAAAAAGCUGAGCUUCUCAUAAACGUAUGGGCAAUAGGUAGAGAUCCUGAUACAUGGAAACACCCCAAUUCAUUUGAACCAGAGAGAUUUCUGGGGUCGGAGAUUGAUUUCAAGGGUCACGAUUUUGAGCUGAUUCCCUUCGGUGCUGGCCGUCGAAUGUGUCUUGGUUUGCCGUUGGCGAUUCGGAUGCUUCAUUUGGUGCUAGGAUCACUCAUUCAUAGGUUUGAUUGGAAGCUGGAAGCUGGGGUUUCGGCCGCCAACAUGGAUAUGGAAGAGAGAUAUGGAAUCACAUUAGCGAAAGCAAAAACACUUCGUGCAGUUCCAUGCAUUUUCUAA